CUUGCAGGGGUUGAUAAGCUGAUCCGUCAUUUAUACAAACACAACAUACCCAUAGCUGUUGCCACCAGCUCAGCUGAAGUGACAUUUCAGAUGAAAACAGCCAGACACAAAGACUUCUUUGGUCUUUUUCAUCAUAUUGUGUUGGGAGAUGACCCUGAGGUGAAGUGUGGCAAGCCACAGCCUGAUGCAUUUCUAGUUUGUGCAAAGAGAUUUCAGCCUCCUGCACCUCCAGAAAAGGAAUGCCAGGUCCCAGCGAUGAGGGAGAAGGGUUGGAGCAAGGAAGAUGUACCCUUGCUGGGAGAGGAUCAGGUCAGGGAAUAUGUAAGCAAACUGGACAUGAAUAAGUCGAUCGGCCCUGAUGAGAUACACCCACAAGUGCUGAGGGAGCUGGCAGAUGUCAUUGCGAGGCCACCUUUGAUAAUCUUUGAUCGAUCAUGGCCACUGGGAGAAGUGCCUGAAAGGCACUGGAGGAAAGAAAAUGUCACUGCUAUCUUCAACAAGGGCAUGAAGGAGGACUGA